UGGAUGGCCGGGUGAUCAGAUUAGAGGCGUUAGGGUACAUUAAUCUGUGAGGGAGCGACAGACUGCCACUCACGCUGCUCUGCACACCGCUCCCAUUAAUCGGCGGCGAAGGGGAGCGGAGCACAUUUGGUGUUGACACGCGUCGGGGACUUACCUCCCCCCACCCCUUUUUCUUUUACAAUGGAUACCUGCAGGGUACGAGCCUGGGUGUUUCUGGUCCUGUUGUGCCAGGAUGGGUCUUUGGCAUCGCAGUUCCCGACACAGCUCAUGAUUAAAGAAUGGGUUGAUCAGAUGCAGAAAGAGCUUGUCACCCUGGCAGACACAGCCACAGCUGGGAAGAGACUCACUCAGAUCUUUCUGAGAAACCAACAUCUGUACAGUGUGGAGCAAAAUGAUGCGGAGGAGCUGGUGGCCAGAGCAGCCACAAAAAUUGAACAGCUGCUGCGGAAGAGGUCUGCUGCCUUGGAGAAACUGGCCACAGCUGCUGAGAACUUCCAGAUGGAGCAUCAGUGGAAAGAUGAGUUUGAGGAUGAUGAAAUUGCCUACUACAACGCAAAGGACAAUCUGGAUGCAAAUGAGACAGAGGGAAGAAAAUAUAGGAUUCGACCUGACUUCACAGAAGACCCGUCAUUUAAACGUUUGACUGAUCACAACCACACGGCUGUCCACAUCCCCACUGACAUCUAUGACGGCUCCACCAUUGUGCUGAAUGAGCUGAACUGGACAGAGGCAUUGGAGGAAGUGUUUAGAAAGAACAGAGAAGAUGACCCGACCCUUCUCUGGCAGGUGUUUGGUAGCGCUGCAGGUCUGGCUCGCUACUACCCAGCCUCUCCCUGGAUGGAUGCACGGAAGACUCCCAGUAAAAUUGACCUGUAUGACGUCCGCAGGAGACCAUGGUACAUUCAAGGAGCUGCCUCUCCCAAAGAUAUGCUAAUCCUUGUGGAUGCAAGCGGGAGUGUGUCUGGCUUGACUCUCAAACUGAUCAGGACCUCCGUCAGUGAAAUGCUCGAGACGCUGUCUGAUGACGACUAUGUCAAUGUAGUUUACUUUAACACCAGGGUGAAGAAGACGGCGUGUUUCGACCAUCUGGUUCAAGCCAACGUGAGGAACAAGAAGCUGCUGAAGGAUGCUGUACAGAACAUCACAGCUAAAGGAAUUACAAACUACACAAAGGGCUUUGAGUUUGCUUUUGAGCAGCUCUCUGCAACUAAUGUGAGCAGAGCAAACUGCAACAAAAUCAUCAUGCUGUUUACUGAUGGAGGAGAGGAAAGAGCUCAGGCAAUUCUGGAGAAGUACAAUGCUGACAAAAAGGUGAGGAUCUUCACCUUCUCAGUAGGACAGCACAACUAUGAUAAAGGACCAAUUCAGUGGAUGGCCUGUUCUAACAAAGGUUACUUCUAUGAGAUUCCUUCCAUCGGGGCCAUCAGAAUAAACACACAGGAGUACCUGGAUGUCCUGGGAAGACCAAUGGUUCUGGCAGACAAGCAGGCCAAACAAGUCCAGUGGACCAAUGUAUACCUUGAUGCUCUGGAACUGGGUUUGGUCAUCACUGGAACGCUACCUGUCUUCAACAAAACAAAGACCAAAGAUGACAGGAAUGGGGAGCACCAGAACCAGCUGAUUCUCGGUGUAAUGGGGAUUGACGUGUCUCUGGAUGACAUCAAGAAGCUCACGCCACGCUUCACGAUUGGUCCAAAUGGAUAUUACUUUGCCAUUGACCCCAAUGGGUACGUCUUGCUGCACCCCAAUCUCCAGCCAAAGAAUCCUAAAUUCCAGGAACCUGUUACCCUAGACUUCCUGGAUGCUGAGCUGGAGAAUGACAUCAAAGUGGAGAUCAGGAAAAUGAUGAUUGAUGGUGAGACAGGGGAACGUACCAUUCACACUCUGGUGAAAACUCAGGAUGAGAGGUACAUAGAUCGAGGAGUCAGAACCUACACGUGGGCACCAGUCAAUGGAACAGAUUACAGCCUGGCUCUUGCUCUGCCUAAGUACAGUGAACACUUCAUUCAAGCUAAACUGGGGGACGACAUGAAACAAGCUAUGUCCAUGGAAACUAUACAGCUGGAGAAGUUUGAUGACUUUGGUUACACCUACAUCGCUCCAAGGGAGUACUGCAAAGAGCUGAAGUUGUCACUCAACAACACCCAGUUUCUCCUCGACUUCAGCCAGUACAUUGAUAGAAACACUCCAGAUGCAUGUAACGUGUCCCUCGUGAGCAGAUUGAUCCUGGAUGCAGGUCUGACAGCUGAACUGGUUAAACUUUGGAACGAGCAGACAGUGGAUGGUAUAACGGCCAGGUUUGUCGCCACAGAUGGAGGAAUCACAAGAGUCUACCCAAGAAGUGCUGGAGAAGAGUGGACUGAGAAUCCUGAGACAUAUGAGUCCAGCUUCUACAAAAGAACCCUGGACAAUGAAGUUUAUAUUUUCACAGCUCCAUCUUUCAACAUUGCAGCAGAGGGCAGGGAGCCUGUUUCUGAGUUGGGCAUUCUGGUGAGCAAAGCAGUAGACCUCACAAUUGACGAAGUCACGCUCAAACCAGCGGUGGUGGGAGUGAAACUCAAUGUCUCAUACUGGAUGAACAUUUUCAUGAAUGCUACACUGAAACUGAAUUGCAAGGACGAGAUCUGUGGCUGUCUGAGGAAUGAUAAGCAUGUAGACUGUGUGAUCCUGGACGAUGGGGGGUUUCUUCUCAUGUCCAAUCAGGAUGAGUAUAUCACCCUGAUAGGUCAGUUCUUUGGUGAGGUGGAUCCUGUGCUGAUGAUCAACCUGGUCAACACCUCCCUGUACUCCUUCAACAAGACCUAUGACUACCAGUCUGUGUGCGACCCAGAGAGAGACAGCAAGGCUGCAGCAGGACCGCGCUCCGUCUGUGUGCCUACCAUUGCAGACCUGCUCAGUGUUGGCUGGUGGGCCUCCAAUGCUGCCUGGUCGAUACUCCAGCAGCUCUUCUUUGGUCUCAUGUUCCCCAACCUUCUAGAGGCAGUGGAGUCUGCAGAUGAAGACAUACCAGAUGCCAUGUUUAAGGAAAGCUGCAUCACAGAGCAAACUCAGUACUUCUUUGACAAUGAUGAAAGAUCCUACUCAGGCGUCCUGGACUGUGGAAACUGUUCCAGGAUGUAUCGUGCCGAGAAGCUGCCAAACACCAACCUAGUGUUCCUGAUCACUGAUGCCAAGGCAACGUGUUUGUCGUGUGACCCCAGACCACUACGACAGGCUGAACAACCCUCUGAAGGUCCAGAUCCGUGCGAGCUGGCUCAGAAUCCCAGAUACCGCAAAGGGCCGGACGUGUGUUUUGACAACAAUGAAAACGAUGAGCCCUUGUGCCCAAUCAGCAGAGGUUCUACAUUGUGCCCUACAACUGUCUUGUUUGUACUGGUGCUAAGUUUAUGGAAGAUGAUUCUGAUUGUGGGGGAGGGACCUGCCUAAGCCCAUGUCUUUGGCCAAUGAUUGGGCUCCAACUACUGCUGCUGUGGCUCAUCACAUCUUUACAACACUCAUGACCCCUACACACACACACACACACACACACACACACUGAUCAUUAUCUCAUUUCACAAGAAGCCAGAGGACACUCCAGUUAUGCCAUCCAGAAUGUAUGCAGAAUAUUUGCAACAAUACAUUUUGAUCAGCAUUUCCAUUUUCCAAUGCCAAAGGGUGCUCAUUCAUGUCCUAUUUGUCAUUUUCAAAAAUAGAGACACAUUUACUGUGCUCAGCUGCACUCAUUUCCAUGAUAUACUCCUUAAUACUCUCCUAUGGUGCAAGAGUAAGAGCUAACCAAACCCUUUAAUUCUGCCUCAUUUGUUUCUCUGAUUUCUUUAGCGGAGGUUUGAAGAGUGUUCCCACUAUGCCAACUAAAUAUCAUUCAAAGACUGUAUGUGCACUGACAGCGUUGAUUUGUGUAGUUGUCAAUAUUGUUUGUUGCUUAUUAUAUUUAUUGCAUAUGAAUCAUUAUGCUGUAAUGAUUGUUUAUUUUGGCAACCAGUGCAACUAUGAAGAAUAUCCCUUUCAUCUGAGUGUUUUUUAAAUGUACUGUAACUAUCUAUUUAUCUAUAAUUUUGUUUUGUACUCAAAAUCAACUAGCAUUUUGUGACUAGCUACUAGGUGUUGUAUUGUAGCAGCAUGUGGUCAGUACAGAGCUAAAGACAGCACCAAUACUCUGACACCAAAGCUCCACACAGUACUAAGGACCACAGGUACACACAACCCUACUACAGAGAAUCUGCAGGCUGGUUUAUUUUAAGAGAUUCCUCAGAUGUGGGUGUACAUCCGUAGUCACUGCAUUAGCUAGAUAGAUAGAUAUCUUAGAUACCUCGCUUAGAAAUAAGUGAGAUCAGAAAGCACCCAUGUAAAUCUAUUAUCUAUUAAAUCUAUUAGGAUAAUACCAUUUCAAAUAUGUUUGUACUUGGUCUGACAGCUUUGGUUGUCUUCAGUUUGAAGCAUCAAAUUCCCAGUGCCUACAUAGUAGCUCAAACAGUCUGUUAUCUGAAUGAAGCAAUGCAUCAGAGUUGUAUUCUUGCCAUGUAUGCUUCUAUGCUAAUGCUUGCUGCAGUAUAGCAGAGAGGGUAGCCCUUCCAGUGAAUAUGUUGUGAAAGGGGCCAAAUCUGCUGCAGUUAUUCUCGUUUAUGUGGCCCAGUCAACAGAAGAAACAACCAGUGAUUUUGACUAUGGGAAAAAAAAUAAUUUUCCCCCACGGUCAAAACAAACCUAAAACAGACUUGAGCCUUCUCUUUAUUAGUCCUGUUUCUGUUACGUUUCUGGAUCACCAGACUCAGGAGCCAAGAUGACUUGUGAAUGAGAUCAGCAUAUCGAAAUGACUGUUUUAAUUGUUUUACUUCUCCUUGCUGUUCUCCUCUCCUUAUGCUUGUUUCCUCCUUGUGUUGCUCUAUAAGUGCUGUGAAGCAGAUGCUGAAGGCUCAGUGUCAAACCGCUGCAAUGGGAUGAGCUUGUUCUGUGUUUGAAUGCUGUCUAUGCCCAUGGUCAGCAUCAGGGCCUGUUGGAGAGAACUUUGACAAUAUGCUACUACCAGUGGUAAUUUUGCGUUGCCUUACUGUACCAUAAGUCAAGAUCAGUGUUGCAGUUUUUCUUUUUUAACUAUAUUAAAAAUUACAUUUGAGUUCUUUCCACCUCGCCUUAAUGGUGACCUGCUGGUGUUGAGUGUUCAGGUUAUGCCUGUCUAUCAAAGUCGUGUGUUGAUUCGUGUUUUACCCUGGGGGUCCCGUGUCUAUGUGCAGGCAUGUGCGUGUCCCUCCGAUAUCUGAUUGUGCUUUAAUACUGUACACAAAUUACUCUUUUGUGGAACUUGACUAGCCUGAAUAAUUUUGUAUACAUUUGUACACUAAUCCUAUUUACUGUAUAAAAGAGAAAAUUAAAGAAAAGAAAAAUGUUUAUAAUAUG